GGAGGGGAAGAGAGUGAUGAUUAGAACAUCAACUUUCUCGACAAGAUAAUCGAAAAUGGAUAAACAGACUUUCAAAGCUGCGAUACUAAUUGUAUCGACUACUGCAGCUAAAGAUGCAUCGACAGACUCUUCAGGACCUGUCUUGAGAGAUGUUUUUGGGGAUACACAUGGCUUGUGGGAAGUUGUAGAAACGAAGAUCGUGAGUGAUAAUGUGAUGGAUAUUCAGAGAAGUGUGAUGUCUUGGUCGGAUCAGGAGAAUACUAUCAAUGUUGUGAUUACUACCGGCGGGACUGGGUUCGCCGUCUCAGACAAUACUCCUGAGGUAAGCUUAGGACAGCUUCAAAGGCAGCAUGUUACGCAUGCUAAAUUGCAUUAUCAUAGGCGAUUAUACCACUUUUACACAAGCAAGCUCCUGGAAUUGUUCAUGGGAUGCUUGCAGCUUCACUGGCAGUCACUCCUUGUAUGUACGGAAGUCUUACGGCACCAAUAGUUAACUGACUAGUAAUAGUUGCUCUCAUGUCAAGGCCUGUAGCAGGUGUUCGCAAUAAGACAAUCAUCAUUACAUUACCAGGAUCACCAAAGGGAGCAAAGGAAAACCUUCAGUCAAUAUUGAAUCUUUUACCACAUGCUUGCCUUCAGGCUGCAGGAGCCAAUUCCCGAGCUCUUCAUGCAGGAGGAGUGAGAAAGCUUGAGAAGGAUGCCGGCUUUAGCUCUACCGGGUCUUCUCCUCCAGUACAUUCGCAUAACCAUGAUCACUCCCAUAGUCACUUGCAUGGCCAUGGUCAUAUUCAUGAUCAUAGCCAUGGGCAUGCAAUACCCGUCAGACACACUGCCCCAGAUGGAAAUCCUCGGUCGAAUGAUCCUGCUCUAGGUCCAACACGACGGAGUCGUUCAUCGCCAUACCCUAUGUUGUCUGUCGGUGAAGCUCUGAAACUGAUUGAGAAAUAUACGCCUUCACCACAAGCCGUGAAAGUUGACGUAGAUGGGGGCAUUGUAGGGUCUGUUAUCGCUGAAGAGGUUACAGCAAGUGAGGCCGUGCCAGCAUAUCGCGCGAGUAUUGUAGAUGGAUAUGCCGUGAUUGCUACAGAAGGUAAAUCGAAUAGAGGCGUAUUUCCCGUAGCAUCGAUAUCCCAUGCCACCGCGGGCGAGCAUCCGCAGCUGCAGGAAGGUCAGAUUGCACGUAUUACAACUGGUGCUCCCCUGCCGCCUGGAGCUACUUCAGUAGUAAUGGUAGAAGAUACUGUGCUGAAAACAAUGACCGAAGAUGGUAGAGAGGAGAAAGAAGUCGAAAUUUUAGCCGAUGGAGUAAAGCCUGGUGAGAAUGUUAGAGAAGUCGGUAGUGAUAUUAAAGAAGGGUUUGUCAUUAUGCGCAAAGGGGAAGAAAUAUCUGCCAAUGGUGGUGAACUGGGUCUGCUCGCAUCCGUAGGUAGAGCAGAAGUUAUUGUUUACAGGAAACCAAUAGUUGGUGUUCUUUCCACUGGAGACGAAAUCGUCGAACAUAACAGGCCUGGCUCUCUGAGGAUGGGAGAAGUUCGUGACUGUAAUAGACCAACGAUCAUGGCAGCGGUGCGAGGUCUAGGGUUCGAAGUCGUAGAUCUCGGCAUCGCUCGGGAUAAACCAGGAGACCUAGAACAGACACUGCGAGAUGGACUUCGAAGGGUUGAUGUUGUCAUAACCACAGGUGGUGUAUCUAUGGGCGAACUUGAUCUUCUCAAACCAACUAUUGAGAGAUCAUUGGGUGGAACAAUUCAUUUCGGACGUGUUUCGAUGAAACCAGGAAAGCCUACAACCUUCGCGACAGUGCCAGUGCCAGUGAAGAACAAUGCUGGUGAAAGAGUCUCUAAGGUCAUAUUUUCUCUGCCUGGAAACCCAGUUUCCGCUAUAGUUACUCUUCAUUUGUUUGUUCUUCCUUCUCUGCAUCACGCUUCUGGAAUAUCCCCUGUAGGAUUGCCAAAACUUCCGGUAACUCUAUCACAUCAGUUUCGUUUAGAUCCUCAAAGAGUCGAAUACCAUAGAGCGAUUGUAACAAUGGCCAAAGAUGGUCUUUUGUAUGCAAGUAGCACUGGUAUGCAGCGUAGCUCAACGGUGGGAAGCUUAAAGAGUGCAAAUGCAUUAUUAUGCUUGCCAAUCGGAUCGGAGGAUUUACCGAAGGGGACCAAGGUUGAAGCAAUUCUGAUGGGUAGAAUCAGAAGUGAAUAUGAAUUUCAAUAAUCUCUCAUAAGCAAGAAAAGAAAGAAACAAUUCACUUGAUAUGAGUGCUAGAGACUGAGCAUAUUGUCAUGUCAUUGGAAGUGGAAUCACUGGAAUAAGUCAAGCGUCAAAAGUGAAUUAAAAUGUCCUUAUUCUCGAACUGGAAGGAACUCUUCCCCUCUCCUCUCAUAUUAUAAGCGUGGAGGUUCUAGAACAUCCUUCCACCCACAUGAUCUUUCCUCUCCUUCACAAACACUUCCAAGUUCUCGAAUCUUUUUAUUCUUCACCACUUUG